AACGCCACCUCCCUCCCCUCUCCCAUACGGAUACCUCUUUCGGUGGGGGGUUGGGAGAGGGGGGCUAUGUGUAACUUAGUCAGUUCGUCAGUGCGAAAAUGGGGGAACCAGGUCAGUCCAGUUUUCUGGAACAGCUGAAAAACUCCAUAUUUGUGGAUUUCCUCAAUGCAUUCCUGAACCUGCCGGUGUUUGGACAGAACCCGCUGUACGUCUUUAAAGAAAAACGAUGGGAACUCCAGCCUGACCUGCCGUCCAAGAGCAAGAGCGUGGAUGGGCUGGUGGAAUGGUUGGUAGACUACCGUCUGCCUUACUUCCUGCAGACAGACCUGUACCUUCACUUUGUCCUCUGUGAGUUGCUGCUGGACGUCACUUUGCAGGAAAUUACAGAGUCCACGCCCGUGCCCCAGGACCCUUCGGAUGUGAGCCCAGAUUUGCAGCUGUCCAAUGAGAGUCCCAGCUCAGGAAGUGCCGGAAGUAACGUGGAUGUGGCUGAAACCGAGCCGUCCAAAGAGCCGGCUCAGGGUGAGGUUAAGGAAGUGGCAAAGGAGCCAGUGAUGACGCCCGACCAUUGGCUGCUGAAGAGGUGCAUCGGGAGUGUGCAGGGAAUGAAACGCUUCCGAUCGUUCCUGAACGGGACAAAGGGUGAGGAACUGGUGGAGUUCUGGCUGAGGACGGAGAGGAUUUUAAAGCUGGGUGACACCAAUGCUGAGGAGAGAGAUCAGUACUUUGCUCAGCUCCGAAUGAUCCAGGCCACCCACCUGCAGGAAGGUUCUGUCGUCAUGGCAACCUGUAGAGGCCUCAUUGAUGUCCCAUCGCCGACGGUGGAGGGAUCCCUUCGAACCAGGAGGGACCUCUUGGAGAAGCUACACAAGCAAGUGCUGCAGAAACUGAAGGCCUAUUGGCUGCCCCGCUUCUUUGCCCACUGCAAGCAGAACCUGAAGAAGCUGAAGGAAUGUGCCCCUGUUCUCCAGCAAUACCAAACCAUGCAGUUGCAAGGGGAGGUAACGAAAGAGCAGUCAACUUCUGUCGAGCUCCCAAUGGACAUCAAAGCCACAGAAGAAGUCACACUGCCCUACUUCACUAAGGCUAACAAACGCCAUCUCUGGGGCAUCCCCUACUGCGUUGGCAACAACCCAAAGAUCACCGUGACCGGACUGGAGCCUCAGAUGGAGCUCAAACCUGAGGAGAAGCGACAGUGCCAGAUGGGCAGGCAGAGAACUCCGAAGCCAACUGUGCCCAGGGUCCCCCAGUCGAUCGCACCAGGCUGCGGGUGCCAGGCUCCAGAUUGGACCGCCUGCCGGUCGGCGACCAAGCCCAAUAGGGGAGCGGGCCCGGCUCACCUCUCUGAGGAGUACGUCUUCCCUCAGGUGGACUCCUCGCUCCCCAUCAUCAAGGCGCCGUCCAUGCUGACGUUCUGGAGGUUCUCCGAGGUCCCCCCUCAGGCCCGUUACCUCCACUGGGCGUUCAACGCUGACCAGGCAGCCGGGGCCCCCUUUGCGGCCUUCCUUAGGCUCAGCCAUAACCACACCAAACUCAACUACCUGUACCUCUGGCACAACCUGAACAACUUCUUCAACGUGGUCCUGAGCACAAAGGACAGGGCGAGCUACCUGCUCAGGGCCAUCCUGGCUGAGAGGAUUGUAGAGGCCUACCUGCAGGAGGACAGUGCGCAAUACACCAAACUCCAGCCAGAAACAGCCUGGAAUCUCAAGCUGGUCCUCCCCUCAGGUCAGGUCCUACCCUGGAUAAUGGCCGCUCAGCGGGAGAUUUGCGAGAUACUCCGAGACACAUACGAUGCUUUUCUGGAUCAGGACGAUCAGAGAUUUCUACAUCUUGUGGCUGGAACCAAACCAAAUGAUCCGAACGCCUGGACGCAGUGUAAGAAAAACCCCCCGCCGCCUGACGACAUUUACAUCAGGCGGAUGGCACAGUCCUUGCUCCUGGCACAGGCAUGCUCUGUCCUUGGGGACACCGAGACCCUGACGGAUGAAGACUGGAAGUGGGUGGCUCGGGAGGACAUUACCAGCCUGGGCUCCAUGCAAAUAUUCAGAGGACUGGAGUCCAAAGAAACCGAUAUCAAGGAUAUGUCCUUUCAGGAGCUAGCGCUGAAGUUUCCGAAAUUGGCGAUUGAGGAACUGAGCAAGAACUUUCUGCAAUACUACAAGAAGUUGAUCCUUCUGGGUCUGAUUGAUAGAGAGGCCUUACGAGACCAACUGUGGAAGGAGCUCAACCUUAAAUCCAUAAAAGACAGAAACCAAAUCAUAACCAGACCCAAGACAGUGCCCAGGAACCUGAUGGAUCUGCUGAUGAACCCGACAGCUGUCCUCUUCUUCCAGCGGUUUCUGGAAGCCUAUGAUGCAGAAGCUCCACUGCGGUUCUGGCAGACAGUCGAAGAACUCCACAGCCUUCACACUGAGAAACAGAGACAGCAUGGCAUCAAAUGGAUCCUCAACAACUUCUUCAAUCCCAAUUUCAACGCAGAGCAGUUUCUCCAAUGCGAUGCGUCGGUUAUCAAGCAGAUCAUGGAAUCGAUUGAGUCUGGUCACCAAAUCACCAUGAACAUGCUUUUACAAGCUCAGUCCGAUGUUCAGGACAGUUUGCGGCACAACUGGUUUGACCAAUACCUGAAAACAUACCCAGAUCAGCCUAUCGAGCGUUCGCCUUCCAUGUUGAUCCUGAGGUCAAUCCAGACGAUAAGCCGGAAGAACCGCUCAUGGAGGGAGCUGGUGGCUAUCAUCAGGUCGGUCGUCACCUUCCGGCGGAUGAUCUGGAAUUCCCGGCUCCGCCUUCACUUCAUCCACUUCCUGCGCGAUGAGGUCUACAACAACGAGCAGAACACCGUGACAUCUCGCAUCAUGACCAGGGUGCCAUCCCAGGGCAGCUCCCUCGUCUUCCGAGGGAUCGAUUAUGUGGACGAUUCUGACACACCCCACUUGAAAAAGCGAAUGAUGUUCAAUCGACAGAUCAUUAUCAACUACCUGGUCAAUGAUCUGCACUUCUGCAUGGAAAUCGAGCAGUACGUGAAACGGUCUGAAGCUGCGAUCAUGAUGGCUCAAAUGGGAAUGCACGAUGAGAUUUACGAAGGAUUGCUUCAGGCCAAAGUGGAAAUGAUCAUCAGACUCUUCCUGCACGCGGACACGCUGCCGAGGCUCAGGGUGAAUAUCACGGACUACGAGAAAGACAGGAUCAUCAUGAGCAGUCGCCAUGGCAAACUGGAGCCGGAUCUGUUCCACCAAGCACGGAUGACCAUCAUCCUCCCUCUGCUUCACUUCUGGAGAAGAUACUGUGUUGCGAAUGCUUUAAGGAUACUUGGGAAACCUCGGCCUUCAUGGAAGAAGGAGCAUUUGCCUCCAAAUUAUCUCUAUCCAUCUCUUCAAUAUAUGACCAGUGCCUUGAUGCCUCAGUAUACUGCAGAGGAGUUCCCGACCCUCCGGUUCACACUGGCAAAAGGGAUCCAGUUACUGAUGCCUCAGGAGAAGGACGAUGCUAAUGCUGCAGAGCAAGGGAAAGAUGCUGUCCAGGAAUCUCAGAUCUCUCAAAGUGAGUCAGGAGUGCACAGGGCUGCAGAGGUGCUGUGGGACAUGAGCAGAGCCCCUGAGCUCAGCUUCACUGACAUCGGGGUGUGGAGGGGCAGGGGUUUGGGUGAUAGAAAAGGGCUAUUGAAGGUGGUAGCCACGCUGAACCUCUCUGUGACUGCCUCCUUGCAAAGGGACGAAGGGGACAGUGACAAGCCACAGGCCUACAGUGAGCACUGGGGACAGGGUGGCUCUGACAUAGACGGUGCUCAGACAGGUUGGAGCUAUGGACAGAUGGAGAGUGUGGGGUGA